CAUGUAUGUACGUAAAAUUUUUCGUCGAUAAUUUUAUCUACUUUUUAUAACAUCACUAAUAAACUGUAGUAGAUAAAUAAAAUUAUUUAUGAUGUCUGAAUGUAGUUCGAAAGAUAUAAUCAUAAAUGACGAUCAUAACGAAGUUACUGAAGAAGAUGAAAUAGCUGCUAUUGAUUACGAAUUACGGCAAAUAGAAACUGAAUUGCAGAAACUUGAAGAUCGUAAAAAUGUGUUAAUCCAACGUAAAGAAAAAUUACGUGACGAUGCUUUAUUGAAAAAAAGUUUGUCUGUAUCAAAGAAAAAUUGGGAUGGUGAAGACUUCAGUUGGUCCAAAAAUCUAAAGAAAGCAUUACAAGAUGUUUUCAAGAUACAAAUUAUGCGACCAUUACAAUUACCAACUAUGAAUGCAGUUUUAUCUAAUGAAGAUGUUAUUUUAAUUAUGCCUACAGGUGGUGGCAAAAGUUUAUGUUAUCAAUUGCCAGCUGUAAUUAGUAAAGGCAUUACUAUAGUAGUUUCUCCUUUAUUGUCAUUAAUGGAAGAUCAGUUACAUGGACUGCACAAACUUAACGUGAAAGCCUUAAUGUUACAUGCAAAGGCAAAUAAAGAAAACGUUAAAACAAUAAUGAAUUCCCUAAUAGAUAAAAAAUCUGAUCUCAAAUUAAUUUAUGUCACACCAGAAUAUAUGGCAAAAUCAAAUCGUUUUAUGAGCAAGUUACAAAAAGCAUAUGAAUUGAAAAAAUUAGAUCGUUUUGCAAUAGACGAAGUGCACUGUUGCAGUCAAUGGGGACACGAUUUUAGACCAGAUUAUAAGUUUCUUGGAAUUUUAAAAUCUAUGUUUCCAGGUAUACCAGUUCUUGGUCUUACCGCAACAGCACCUGCUAAAAUUAUUUUGGAUGUACAGAAAAUGUUAGAUAUUCAAGGUUGCCUAGUUUUGAGAGCUCCAUUCAACAGACCAAAUUUAUUUUAUGAAGUACGCCGUAAACCAGCAGAUAAGGAUACCUGUCUAGCAAUGAUAGAAAAUUUAUUAAAAAAUAGAUUCAAAGACAAAUCUGGUAUAAUUUACACAACUACUAUUAAAGAUGCAGAACAAUUAACAACGGAUUUACGUAGUUUACAAUUAAAAGUGGGAUGUUACCACGCAAUGUUAGAGGCAGAUUAUAGAUCUGACGUAUAUGCUAAAUGGAUCUCUGGUAAAUACCAAGCUGUAGUAGCUACAAUUGCUUUUGGAUUGGGUAUAGAUAAACCAGAUGUUCGUUUUGUCAUACAUCAUUGUAUUUCUAAAUCUAUGGAAAAUUUUUAUCAAGAAAGUGGAAGAGCUGGUAGAGAUGGUAAAAAAUCAGCAUGUAUUGUCUUGUAUAGAUUACCUGAUGUGUUCAGAUUAAGUACUAUGGUAUUUCAAGAUAAAGUUGGCUUGCAAAAUUUGUAUAAAAUGUUAGAAUAUUGUUUGGAUCAAAACUCUUGUAGACGUAGUCUAAUUGCUAAACACUUUGAAGAAAAUUGGGAAACUAAGGAUUGUGCUCAAAUGUGUGACCAUUGUCGAAAACCCAAGGAAAAGAAGGAAUUCAACAUAGCACCAUAUUGUAGACAUUUGUAUGAAAUUAUUACUAAAGCCAUCCAAAACGAGACGAGAUUAACGGCAUUAAAGUUAAUAGAUGCCUGGUUUGGUAAAGGAGCAUCAUUAUUAAGAGUUGCCAAAGUGCCUACUCCAACAUUUUCUAGGGAAACAGGAGAAGCUAUAAUAGGACAUUUACUGAUAAAUGGCUACCUGCAAGAAGACUUUCAUUUUUCAGCGUACUCUACAAUAUCGUAUUUAAAACGUGGACCUAAAUCUGGAUUAGUUCUUAAUAAAGACUAUAAAAUAAUAUUUAAUUAUGAAGCACAUUAAAAUAC